ACAUUCCUAAUUCAACCAUCACAAAAUCAACAACACAAACACAAAUCAAAUUAAACACACACAAGACACAACAAAUUAGAUCUGUCUAUCUAUCUAACUUUUCAUAAGAUCACAUGGCUUCCUUAAAAAUUUCAUCAGUGCUUUCUUCUUCUAUUUCAUCAUCUUCAUCUUCAAAAAGAAUGAUCAAAUCCUCUUUCCAUAUCCCAAAACUCCCUAAAUCUCUUUCACCAAAAACAAAACCAAGUCGAAAGCUAUUCGAAGAAUUAAACGGCUUCACACACACAAUCCCAAUAAUAAUCCAAGAAAACGACCAUUCAUCAUCCAACAAUUCACCAACUCCAUCAAAAACAACAAUUCAACUCUAUGCAAUUCUAGAAUCCGUAUCCGACAGAAUAGAAAUGCAUCAAAAUAUCGGCGAACAACGCGACAAUUGGAACACCCUUCUUUUAAACUCAAUCAACAUGAUCACUCUCACCGCCUCAGCCAUGGCGGGUAUCGCAGCCGUAAGCGGCCCCGGCGCGCCGCUUUUAGCUCUCAAAUUAUCUUCCGCUCUAUUGUUCUCAGCUUCAACGGGUAUGUUAAUUAUCAUGAACAAAAUCCAACCUUCACAACUCGCUGAAGAGCAAAGAAACGCAACAAGGUUGUUUAAAAGCCUUGAGUCCCACAUCGAAACCACACUAGCAUUAGGGAAACCCUCAGAGGUAUAUAUAAUGGAAACUAUUGAAAAGGUUUUGGCACUUGAUAAAGCUUAUCCACUUCCUUUAUUAGGAGUUAUGCUUGAAAAAUUCCCUCAAAAAUAUGAACCUGCUACUUGGUGGCCUUCAAAAAAUUCAUCUAGAAAAACCAACAAAAAGUUUGAAAGUAAUGAAAUUAGAGAAAAGGGGUGGAAGAAAAAUGGAUGGAAUGAAGGGUUAGAAAAUGAAGUAAAAGAUGUGUUAGAAGUUAUGAAGAGAAAAGAUAUGGAAGAUUAUGAAAGAUUAGGAAACUUGGUGUUGAAGAUUAAUAAAACAUUAGCAAUUGCAGGGCCUUUAUUAACUGGAAUUGCAGCUGUUGGGUCCACAUUUGUUAGUCAAGGUUCAUGGACAUCUAUGGUUCCUCUUAUAGCUGGAGCAUUGGCUACUGCUGUUAAUUCUUUUGAACAUGGUGGACAAGUUGGGAUGGUUUCUGAAAUGUAUAGAAGCUGUGGUGGAUUCUUUCAAAUGAUGCAAAAUUCUAUUCAAGAUAAUAUAUUAGAGGAAGACGAAGAACAAAGAGAGAAUGGAGAGUUGUUUGAAAUUAAAUUGGCUUUGAAAUUGGGAAGAAGUUUGUCACAAUUGAGAGAUCUUGCUAGAAAAUCAGCUUAUUCUCGUGUUGAGGGGACUACUGUUGAUGAAUUUGCUAGCAAGCUUUUUUAAUUUUUUUUUUAACUUCUUGUAAAUCUAACUUGACAAUUCUUUGAUUCAAUUAAUUUUGAUUAUACGUUCAAAGUUCAAACUCAUUGAUCCUUUUUAUUUUUAUUUUGUGGCCCUUGUUGUCGAGAAAUUAAUUUGCUUUGACUAAUAGUAAGGGAGAUAUACUUGUGUUGACUAUUCUUGGUCAAA